AAUCCGGAUCCCCUUCAAUUCGAUACAACUUUUGAAAUGUCUAUUGAGGAAUUAGAGAAUGUUUUUACCUGCAUUUUAGACUAUAUUAUAAACAUGAUGCCAUGUUUUCCUAUUUCAUAUGAGAAAUGUGCAACAGAGGAAAGGGAAAUGGGAGCGUCAGGCGCAAAAACACAAACACCUAGGAGGCAUGCCGGAGAGUUGUGCGAAAUCUGCAUGGACACCAAGACGGAAAACGAGAUGUUCAGAAGAUGCGAUUCAUGCACACAUUCAUACUGCUCCGCCUGCAUCGGCAGGCAUGUCGCCGCUAAGAUUCAGGAAAACGUGAGUGGUGGCGUUAAGUGCCCCGACGUCUCCUGCAAGGGAAUCAUCGAACCGCAACACUGUCGUUCGAUCAUUCCCAGGCAAGUGUUGGAUCGCUGGGAGAGUGCGGUGUGCGAAUCGAUGAUACUUGCUUCGCAGAAGUUUUACUGUCCUUACAAGGAUUGCUCGGCGAUGAUGGUGGAUGAUGGGGGCGAGACGGUGACGGCUUCCGAGUGUCCCAACUGCCGGAGAUUGUUCUGUGCGCAGUGCAAGGUGGCGUGGCACGCCGGAAAGGAUUGCCGGGAGUUUCAGUCGCUGAAUAUUGAGGACUCCGAGAGGGGGAUAGAAGAUGUGAUGUUAAUGGAGUUAGCUGAGGAAAAUCAAUGGAGGCGAUGCCCACGUUGCAGCAUUUACGUUGAAAGGAGAGAUGGUUGUCUGCACAUUUCUUGCAGGUGCGGGCAGGAAUUUUGUUAUCGGUGUGGAGCAAUUUAUUCUUUAGUCCAUGUUUGCCCAUCCACUUGAUCAAUACUCAUUUGGAUUCUAAAAAGAAUAUUUUUUUAAAAAAAUUUAUAUGUUCUUGUAGAUCA